GGUACUUUCUGAAAGCUCUUCUUCCAGAAAGAUUUUUCUCUCUCUCUCUCUCUCUUUCUGCUUUGUUUUUAAUGGGUCUGUGUAUGUAAGUAAGUAACCAAAUCUCUCUGAUAUCUCUGCCUCCCUCUUACGUCUUUCCUUUUUCUGCUCUAUCAAUUUUUCUGUGUCUCUCUCAUGGAUUCUGGUAACAGUGGUAGUAUGCAGUCCUCCAGUGGCGGUGAUGAGGAGUACGAUUCACGCGCCGAAUCGAUCUCCGCCUUCUUGAACCCACAAAGCCAUCUCGGUUCAUUGCCAAACCACCCGCCGCCGCCACAUCAGCAGCACCACCACCACCACCAAACCCACUCCUCCUCUACCUCCAUGUUCGACCCUUUAUCCAACUACUUCGACCCACGCUCAGUCCCGCUCACAAACCCGAAUUCUCUUCUAAAUCUCGAUAUGGUUUGGUCCAAAACACAAAGAUCCGACCCGAAUGCCGCCGAUCUCGGCGGCUUAAUGACUCCCUCAUCCUCAUCCUCCGCACAGAACCAGCCUUUCUUCACCAAUCAAUUAGGCGGACAAAGCAGAGCGGGUGCUUUUCCCAACAUACAGAUCCCUCCGGCGCCGGAAAAUGCUCCGCGGGCUGGUACCGAUCAGGCAGGCAAUAACACCAGCAACGUGGUUCGAAACCCGAAGAAGAGGUCCAGAGCGUCCAGGCGUGCACCCACCACUGUGCUUACCACAGACACCACCAAUUUCCGAGCCAUGGUUCAGGAAUUUACUGGGAUUCCCGCACCGCCCUUCACAUCCUCGGCUUUACCGAGAAGCCGGCUUGAUCUUUUCGGCUCGGCUUCUUCUUCUUUGAGAUCAGGGCAUUUGGACCCUCCACCGCCUCCUUACCUUUUGAGACCCUUCGCUCAGAAAGCUCAGCCACCCUCUUCUUCUUCUUCUCCAGCUCCUCUAUCCAUGACGUCAUUUCAUAGCUCUUCAAUGGUUGAUGUUUUAGGUAAUUCUAAUGCAACUAGCAAUGCGUCUAACUCAACUUCCAUUAACUACCAACUGUCUUCUGCUUUAGGCUUCUUGAAGCAGCCGCCCCAGAAUCUUCUCAACAUGCAAAACCCGAUUUUCAACCUCCAGUCCCUUCUCCAACCCCAGCCUAAAUUCUCACUAUCCAAUUCCGCCAUUCUUGGCAGCUCCAAACCUCAAGCUUCUUCGGAAAUCCCACCCAAUGUUUUGGAGGAAUUUGCUUUGAGUCACCCGCAUGUCAGCACGCAAAUGAUGAGUGGGCUUCCAAACAUGGUCUCUUCAGACGGAACAUUGUCGAGGAACGAGAAUAAUCCUCCGACCAACUGGGGCGGCAGCGACGGCGGUGAUCAAGGCCUGUUGAGGUCACUCAACGGAAGCUAUAGUAGCUCAGAGCGGGUUAACACCAACGGAAAGUUGAAUUACUCGGCGGCUUCUUCGUCGGAUUUUCACGGAGAUAAGGGACCGGAGAAUGUGGCUACAAGAAGUGAAGGUAUGGUGGAAUCAUGGAUUUGUUCAUCAGAUUAGAAAAUCACAGAACAAUAUGUGAAUGGGAUGAGGUACUAGCUAGUAUUAUAAAGAUGAUGCAUGGAACCAAAUCUUGGUUUUCUCCAUCUUAACCAUGACCACCAACUUAAUCGAAACACGGUUUUCUUUUCUUCUUCUUUCCUGUUAAUUAUAUGUAAAUAAUAGCCUCUUUUCUUUUUCUCA